AUGACACUCUUUUUUUCUUCUAUUUUCUCUUCUUUGCUCAUUCUCCUUGUUACCCUACGCACCUCAGCCUAUUUCCUCCAGUCCACCACCAACACCACUCGCCUUCCUCGCCAGCUCUCUGUGGACUACUACGCCAAGACUUGCCCUCAGCUCGAACUGCUCGUUUCCUCUGUCACCGCCCAACUGUUCAAAGAAGCGCCUGUCUCUGGUCCGGCCACCAUUCGCCUCUUCUUCCAUGACUGUUUUGUUCAAGGGUGUGAUGGGUCAAUAUUGAUAUCAACUAGACCAGGAAGCAAUGAUUUGGCCGAGAGGGAUGCGGAGGAUAACAAGGACCUAGGAGAGGAGGCGUUUGAUAGCAUAAAAAUGGCCAAGGCAUUGGUGGAGAGCAAGUGCCCUGGUGUUGUAUCUUGUGCAGACAUUCUUGCAAUUGCAGCUAGAGAUUUUGUCCACUUGGCAGGGGGGCCUUAUUAUCCCGUAAAAAAAGGCAGGUGGGAUGGAAGAACAUCAAUGGCAUCCAUGGUGCAUUCCAAUCUUCCACAAGCAAAUUCCACCAUUGAUGAACUCCUCAAGCUCUUUGCUUCUAAAGGGCUAACACUUGAUGACUUAGUUGUCCUAUCAGGUGCACAUACCAUUGGUUUCUCUCACUGUAAACACUUCUUAAAUCGUCUCUACGACUAUCAGGGCUUGAAGAAACCCAACCCCGCCAUUGAUCCUAGGCUCUUAAAGGCCCUCAAAAUGUCAUGCCCGAAAUCUGGAGGCAAUGCUGACGUUGUAGCACCGUUUGAUGUAACAACCCCCUUCUCAUUUGACAAUGCAUAUUAUAGCAAUUUGGAGGCCAAAUUGGGAUUGUUGUCCUCUGACCAAGGUUUGUUUUUGGACCCAAGAACUAGGCCAUUGGUUCAAGCUCUAGCAAAGGACAAGCAGAAGUUUUUUCAAGCAUUUGCAGCAGCAAUGGAAAAAAUGGGAUACAUAGGUGUGAAGAGUGGAGGGAAACAUGGAGAGAGAAGGAAAGAUUGUAGCUUCCAUCCAUGA